AUUCAAUCAAGCAAAUCAAACACCACAAUGAAGAUUCUUCAUUUUGCAUUAUUACUUCUUACUUUUCUAGCUUUUCUCAUUUCAGCUUCGGCUACCACAGCUUCAACUACUACCACCCUAAGCCGCCUCCACGAGUCCCCGGCCGGCCUAAACAGGUUCGGGAGGUUCCCGUUUCCAGUUCCUACACCAUUGAGGCAAGUCGAUGUGUCGAUUAUAUCCGCACUUCCAAACAAUAGUCCUCCCUUGGUCCUCCAUUGUUUUUCGGGAGAUGAUGAGCUUGGAUAUAGAGAUCUCCAUUCGGGAGAGCUCUACAGGUGGGAUUUCUUCGCGCAUCCGUGGACUAAAUUCCUCUGCAGCUUCAACUGGACCACAAAGACGCAAGGUUUUGCCGUCUAUGAUCUGAAGGUUGGUCUUUCCGGCGGCUGCGGUGAUGCAAUUUCUAAUGAUGAUUUAUACUGUUAUUGGCUGGUCAGAGAUGAUGGAUUUUACCUCUCCAAAAUGUACAAUCCUAAUCCAAGCCUCGGACAGAGGACCAACUCGUGGUUGAACAAGUAGUAUAAAAUUAUCAUCCCGGCCAUCAAAAUCCCUACUACAUACUACUGGUUUAUGGGAAUUAUGAAUUAUUGAAAUAAGAUUAUACUCUAUGUAUCCCUAUUUCCGCUUUUGCUUGGAUUAUGAGUCUGGAGUACUUCCUGCUAGACUGCCAAUUAACUAUGAAAAUUAUGCUUAUUAUACUACAAGAUAAGUUUCUUUCAGUUAGUCCAUUCUAAGAAAUAUUGCAUACAGUUAUCGCCCUUUUGACCAUUGUUGUC